CCUCGCUUGGAUUUGUCAGAACAUUCCUACAAUUGAAUCCAUGCUUUCUCCUCUCUCGUCUUCUCAUUUUCUGUAGAGCUAAGAACUUCUCCCAUAGCCAUUUGGUUAAAAUGUGUUUUCAUUUCAGGGUCUGUUGACAUUCAGGGAUGUGGCCAUAGAAUUCUCUCAGGAGGAGUGGAAAUGUCUGGACCAUCUCAGAGGACUUUAUACAGAGACGUGAUGGUGGAGAAUUACAGGAACCUGGUCUCCCUGGCUAUCUCUUCCAAACGCAUGAUGAAGAUGUUCUCAUCAACAGGGCAAGGCAAUACAGAAGUGAUCCACACAGGGACAUUGCAAAGACAAGCAAGUCAUCACAUUGGAGAUACUUGCUUCCAGGAAAUUGGGAAAGAUAUUCAUGACUUUGUGUUUCAGUGGCAAGAAAAUGAAACAAAUGGCCAUGAAGCACCCACGCCAAAAAUAAAAAUGUUGACGAGUAGUAUAGACCGAUAUGAUCAAAGGCUUGCUGGGAACAAGCCUAUUAAAGAUCAGCUUAGAUCAAGCUUUCAUUCUCAUCUGCCUGAACUGCACACAUUUCAGCCUGAAGGGAAAAUUGGCAAUCAAGUUGAGAAGCCUAUCAAUGAUGCCUUCUCAGUUUCAGCAUCCCAAAGAAUUUCCUGUAGGCCCAAAACCCAUAUUUCUAAUAAGUAUGGGAAGAAUUUCCUUCAUUCUUCAUUACUCAUAGAAAAACAGGAAAUACACAUGAGAGAAAAAUCUUUCCGAUGUAAUGAGAGUGGCAAAGCCUUUAAUCAUAGCUCACUCUUUAAAAAACAUCAGAUAAUCCAUUUAGGAGACAAACAAUAUAAGUAUGAUGUAUGUGGCAAGGUCUUUCAUCAGAAGCGAUACCUUGCAUGCCAUCAUAGAUGUCACACUGGUGAGAAACCUUACAAGUGUAAUGAGUGUGGCAAGACCUUCAGUCACAAUUCAGCCCUCUUAGUUCACAAGGCAAUUCAUACUGGAGAGAAACCUUACAAGUGUAAUGAAUGUGGCAAGGUUUUUAAUCAACAAUCAAACCUUGCACGUCAUCAUAGACUUCAUACUGGAGAGAAACCUCACAAAUGUGAAGAAUGUGACAAAGUUUUCAGUCGCAAAUCACAUCUUGAAAGACAUAGGAGAAUUCAUACUGGAGAGAAACCAUACAAAUGUAAGAUUUGUGGCAAGGCUUUCAGACGUGAUUCACACCUGGCACAACAUAUUGUAAUUCACACUGGAGAGAAACCUUACAAGUGUAAUGACUGUGGCAAGACCUUCAUUCAAAAUUCAUCUCUUGUGAUGCAUAAAGUCAUUCAUACUGGAGAGAAACGUUACAAGUGUAAUGAAUGUGGCAAAAGUUUUAAUCACAAAUCAAACCUUGCAUGUCAUCAUAGACUUCAUACUGGAGAGAAACCUUACAAGUGUAAUGAAUGUGGCAAGGUUUUUAAUCGAAAAUCAAACCUUGAACGUCAUCAUAGACUUCACACUGAAAAGAAAUCUUAUAAACGUAAUUAAUUUGCAAGGUUUUUAGGCAACAAUCAAACCUUGCUUGUCAUCAUAGACUUUAUACUGGAGAGAAACUUUACAAAUGUGAAGAAUGUGACAAAGUUUUCAAUUUCAAAUCACUUCUUGAAAUACAUAGGAGAGUUCAUACUGAAGAGAAAUAAUAGAAGUGUAAGGUUUGUGACAAGGUUUUCGGGUGUGAGUCACACCUGGCACAACAUACUGGAAUUCACACUGGAAAGGAACUGUACAAGUGUAAUGAGUGUGGCAAAGCCUUUAGUGGUCAGUUACAAAUGUAAUGAUUGUCACAAAGUCUUCAGUAACACUACAACCAUUGUAAAACAUUGGAGCAUCCAUAAUAAAGAGAGGUCUUACAAGCAUAAUAAAUGUGGCAAGUUUUUCAGACAUCAUUCACACCUUGCAGUUCAUGGGCGAUCCUGUACAGGAGAGAAACCUUACAAAUGUGAUGAUUAUGGCAAGGUCUUCAGUCAAGCUUUAUCUUUUGCAAAACAUAGGAGAAUUCAUACAGGAGAGAAACCUCACAAAUAUGAUUGUGGCAUAGUCUUUACUUCAUGUUCACACCACAUUAGAUAUCAGAGGGUCCAUACUGGACAGAAAGUUUACAAAUGUCAUAUAUGUGACAAGGUCUUCAGUCUGAGGUUACUCCUUGCAGAAUAUCAGAACGUUCAUUUUUGAGGUAAUAGUUACAAAUGCAAUGAGCAUAGCAAACCAUCAAGGAUUAAUUGACAGUAGAGUCAAUUCAGCAUUGACUUGAGUUUGAGUUGACUUAAAACAUUGAGUUCAAGCAUUAAUUGACAUUAAAGUGUUUAUAUUAAGAGGAUUGGGCCAGGUGCGAUGGCUCACACCUGUAAUCCCAGCACUUUAGGAGCCCGAGGUGGGUAGAUCACUUGAGAUCAUGAGUUUGAGACCAGCCUAGCCAACAGACGUGAGUCACUUUUCCCAGCCUGCUUUUUGUUUCUUUAACAAAAACCGAUAGGGAUUUUUAUGAGUGUUGUGUUGAAUCUGGAUCACACUGGGUUACGUAAUCAUUUAGCAAUAUUAAUUUUUCCAAACCAUCAAUAUGAGUUGUAUCUCUAUAUAUGUUUUUAAUCAUUUUGGUCAAUGUUUGUAGAUUUCAAGGUACAAAAUUUUCAGUUUUUAACGUUUAUUCCUAAGUAUUUCUCACUUUAAGAUCUCUAGCAAAUGGAAGUGUUUUUUAAGAUCCCCAGCAAAUGGAAGUGUUUUUUAAUUUUUGUUUAAAAGUGUUUGUUGUUAAUGUAUGGAAAUUCAACUAAUUUUUGGUGCUGAUACUGUACUGUGCAAAUCCACCGAAUGUGUUUUUCCAUUAGUAUUUUGGUUGACUCAGGCCCCGCCCACCUCUUCCCCUCACGUUCUGGCCUGAUCCAGGCCCCGCUCACCUCUUCCCCUGGUCUGGCUUCUGCCCUGCGCUGAUUGGCACAGACCCGGAAGCUGAUGGCGUGGACUGAAGGUUGUACCGUGGAGUUUGCGCUUCCCAGUUCUCUGGUGCUGCUAUACCGGGGACGUGGGGUCCCCACAGACCUGGAAAUUCCGCCCCCUCUUUCUCAACUCAGAGCAAAUUGAGAAGUCCGGGUCUCUAUGGGCUACCCCAUAUCUGGAUGAACGAUUUGGCCCUUGGCCAACGAAAUACUGAGGUGAAUUCGCCUGAGACCAGAGCAGAUGGGUGCCCUACGCAGAUGCUAGGAUUACAGGAGUGAGCCACCACACGUGGCCAGUCCUGGAAUUUUCUAGAGGAGGAUGACCAACGCAGCCUAUGGACCCUUCCUGGCCAUCACAUGAAGACCAGCGACUCCUGCUUCCAAAACUCGCAGCUUCUCAGGAUGACUUGGGGAAACGUACCCCACUGUGAACCUCGGUGAGCCCACCUGUAACAUACAGGUGAGGGAGAAGACCAGAAAAACUCAGUCAGAGUGACACUGACCCUGAAAUGAUGGGCAAAAUGGAGUGUGUGGCUUUUCCUGUAGGAGAGGGUGAUGCUUAGUUGUAAUUUGAAUUUUAAAUGGAUUCCAGUCCUCUGAAAAACAGGUGAUUAGACUCAAAUCACCUUGAACCUUUUCAUCUCAUGGCUUUAACCCACCUACAUGGCUCCAUGUCCCCUGCAGUCCUCUCCCCUGAGCUCUACAGUCCUGUGCCCAGUUCUCUUCUCUCUCUGCUGGGACAUCAAACAGGCGUCUCCACCUUCACAUGUCCAUAAGUGACUUCCUAAACCCCCAAACAUUCCCUUGCAGUCCUACACGUCUCAGAUGAGGGUGACAAUGUACUUCUAGGGGCUUAGCUGAGGUCGACACCAUGUAUUUUAAAUAUGGGAAAUACAUUAUUUGUAA